AUGGCGUCUUCUUCGACUUCAUCCGUUCAGAUGAGAUUUAAGUAUGAUGUUUUUUUUUUGAGUUUUAGAGGUGAAGACACUCGUAAGACAUUCGUUGAUCAUCUCUAUCAUGCUCUUCAACACAAAAGCAUCCACACUUACAAAGAUGACGAGAGAAUCAAGAAUGGGGAGAGGAUUAGUGAUGAGCUCAUCAAAUCCAUUGAAGACUCAAAAUUCUAUAUAAUUGUUUUUUCCACGAACUAUGCAUCUUCAUCUUGGUGCUUGGAUGAGCUUGUAACGAUUAUGGAGUGCCAGAAGACGACUGAGCAUACUGCUUACCCAGUCUUUUAUGUUGUAGAACCCACUGAAGUCCGCAAACAAAGUGGGGAGUUUGGAAAAGCCUUUGCUAAACAAGAAAAGGAAGAGGCUGCUAAAAAAUGGAGACAGGCUCUAAAAGAAGCAGCCAAUCUUUCUGGGUUUGGGUUGAAGAACAUUGUAGAUGGAUCAUCUAAAUUUAUCCAAAAAAUUGUUGAAGAUAUCUCACUGGAGUUGCGAUCCAUCAAUUUCAGCGUCGAUGAAAAAUUAAUUGGCAUGGAGGAUCGAAUAAGGGAUGUUGUUUCAACUUUAGAAAUUGGUUUUGAUGACGUUCAGAUGAUAGGAAUCAAAGGGAUGGGAGGUGGUGGGAAGACAACAUUGGCGAUAGCUGUUUUUUAUCGAAUAUCCUUUCGGUUCGAAGGUAGCAAUUUUGUUGAGAAUGUUAGGGAAAAUUCAAAUCCCAAUUUAUCCUGUUUGAAGAAGUUACAGAAACAAAUCCUUAAAGAUGUAUUAAAUGCCCAGGACAUCAAAAUAAGUGAUGUUCAUGAUGGGAAAAAGAUGAUAAAAAAGAUGAUGUGUUGUAGAAAGGUUCUUGUUGUUCUCGAUGAUGUCGAUCAUAUAGACCAACUUAAGGCGUUAGCGGGUGAGCUUAAUUGGUUUAAUAAGGGAAGUAGAAUUAUCAUCACAACAAGAGAUGAGCAAGUGUUGGUAGCACAUCGAGUGAACUUGAUACGUUAUGUCGAUCUUUUAUCUCAAAAGGAAGCAAUUUGCCUCCUCAGUAGGUAUGCAUUUGGGAGAGAGAGUCCAAUUGAAGAGUACAAAGUGCUAUCGGAACAAGUGGCAAGUUAUGCUGCUGGACUUCCCUUAACGAUCACAGUUUUGGGUUCGUUUUUGUGUGGUAAAAAUGAGCUUGAAUGGAGAGAUACUAUAGAAAGACUAAAAACAAUUCCAUUAAAGGAAACUUUAGAAAAGUUGGAAUUAAGCUAUAUUGGUCUACAGGAGGAUUACAAGGAAAUAUUCCUAGAUGUUGCAUGUAUAAUGAAAGGUUGGGAGAAAGAGGACGCAAUCGAAGUGCUUGAAAGCUGUGGACUUCAUGCUAGAAAUGGUUUAAGAGUUCUUAAGCAAAAAUCUCUCAUAACUAUUUCUAUAUAUGGGGAUUUAGGCAUGCAUGACCAUAUAGAAGAAAUGAGCAAGAAUAUUGUUCGACGCUUGCACCCAGGGGAGCCUUACAGACAUAGUCGAUUGUGGAUUGCAGACGAAAUUAAAGAUAUAUUGGUUAAUAAUCAGGGUACUGAAGCAACAACAAAUAUAGAAUGGAUUACAAACUCAGAACUCGAUCCAGAAAUUAUGGAAGGCCUUGGAAACAUAAGAAUCUUAGAUAUCUUCUGCUGUAUCUUAAAUGUGAUGAUUCCGAUUUGGAAUUUGAUGAAGUUUACCAAUACCUUCCAAAUGCUUUACGAUAUCUAA